UCCAGCUCGGUACCAAAUGGGUGUAAAACGGUCAGAUUUAGGAUCGAGUUUUUGUAAACAACAAACAUUGCGCGUCUGAGUUCGCUGCUUUGCACAUUCGCGCUUUUGUUUUGGCACAGAAACUUGCACUAGGAUGGCUUUGGUGAUGGAACCUGUAAGCAAGUGGACAACAAGCCAAGUGGUGGACUGGAUGAAAGGUCUGGAUGACUGUCUGCAGCAGUACAUUAAGAACUUUGAGCAGGAGAAUGUGGGAGGAGACCAGCUGCUGCGUAUUACCCAUCAGGAGCUGGAGGAUCUCGGAGUGUCUCGAAUCGGCCACCAGGAGCUCAUACUGGAGGCGGUGGACCUGCUGUGUGCACUGAACUACGGUCUGGAGACAGAAAAUCUGAAGACUCUUUCCCAUAAGCUCAACGCCUCGGCUAAAAACCUGCAGAACUUCAUAACAGGUCGUAGACGAGGAGGCCACUACGAUGGCAGAGCCACUCGCAAGCUUCCUAACGACUUCCUGACCUCUGUUGUGGAUCUGAUCGCUGCUGCCAAAAGCCUUCUGGCCUGGUUAGACAGGUGUCGCAUCUUUCUCAGGUCUCCUUUUGCCGCUGUAGCUGACUACUCCCUGACCAGGAACAACGUGAUCCAGCUGUGUCUGGAAUUAACCACAAUCGUACAGCAGGAUAACACAGUUUAUGAGACGGAGAAUAAAAUCCUUCAUGUGUGUAAGAUGCUGUCUGGUGUAUGUGACCACAUAAUCACACUCUCCUCAGACCCCAUGGUGUCCCAGGCUGCUCAUCUGGAGGUGAUACAACUGGAAAACAUCAAAUCUUCAGAGGGUCUGGGCAUGUACAUCAAGUCAACGUACGAUGGCCUACAUGUCAUUACAGGGACCACCGAGGGGUCCCCGGCUGACCGCUGUAAGAAAAUCCAUGCUGGUGAUGAAGUCAUUCAGGUCAAUCAUCAGACAGUGGUGGGCUGGCAGCUGAAGAAUUUAGUCAACUCUUUGCGCAGCGACCCUGCUGGCGUGUCUUUAACACUGAAGAAACGCCCACAGAGCACCCUCACUUCCACCCCUGCCUUACUGAAAAACAUGAGAUGGAAGCCGCUGGCACUGCAGCCCAUCUUCCCUUCGAGUCCCAGUAGCAGUGCAGCCACACCCUCCAGCACCAUGAGCACCCCUUCAAAACGGGACAGCUGCGCCCUGCAGGACCUUUACUUCCCUCCACCACCUGAGGAACCUUACACACCCAGAGAGGGAGCGGGUGGGGACCAUCCCCAACAUGAGGUGGCUAAGCGUUCAGAGUCUCCCAACUCCUUCUUGGAUCAGGAGUGUGGGCGGAGAUUUCCCAUGGUGGAUGAGGAUGCAGUUCUCUACUGCUACGAAUACGACCAGAACCCAGGACCCCCUCCUGUCCGCAGGGACAACACCCUCACGUAUGAAAAUUCCCUGAUUCGUUACGUUGGUGAAGACAAGCCAAUGCCUGACGAGUAUGUGAUUGGACGGAGCAGCAGUAGGCGGAGCAGGAGGAAAAAUGAGAAAGGAAGUAGCCCUGCUCGAUAUGCCCUGGUUCCUGCCCAUCAAGUGGAGAUGAUGAGACAGGAUUCGAUAACCACACCCACCUCAGAAACUUCCUCCAUCUAUCAGACGUUUGAUCAGUCUUCAAUGCUGUCGAGGUCAAAAAAUAAGUUAAAAACAGGCCCGGUGCCUUCUGUCAGUAAGCGAAGGAUUUCCUGUAAAGAUUUAGGACAGGGAGACUGUGCAGGCUGGCUCUGGAAAAAAAAGGACGCCAAGAGCUACUUUUCUCAGAAGUGGAAGAAAUACUGGGUGGUGCUGAAGGAUGCUUGUCUGUACUGGUACAACAACGAGGAGAACGAGAAGGCCGAGGGGUUCGUCUGCCUCCCUGAGUUCAAAAUCGACCAAGCAAAUGAAUGUCGCAAAAAGUUUGCAUUUAAGGCCUGCCAUCCCAAAAUCAAGAGCUUCUACUUUGCAGCAGAUAAUGUGGAUGAUAUGAACAGAUGGCUGAGUCGAUUAAACAUGGCAGCGGCGGCUCACUCGGAGCAGGAGAGGAUUCGGCAGGAUCAUGACUAUUGGAGUGAAAGCGAUCACGAGGAUAGUGAUAACAUGUCUUCAAUGGUUAAACAUGACAGCCCUCCACCUCCCUAUGACACCUUUCCUGCCCUAGUGAGUCCCUACCUGGAGCCCAAGCACAUCCGACCUCCCUCCACAGAGUCUGUCCAGCAACGUUCCCCCCAUGAAGUCUUCCAUCCUGAGCCCCAGUGUGCCAGUGUUAGCAGUGCCAGCUCUCCUGGGCGCAAGUCAGCCAGCCAGCGGCGUUCUUGGCAGGACCUGAUCGAAACGCCGCUCACCAGCUCAGGUCUGCACUUUCUGCAGUCUCUGCCUUUGGAAGACGCAGUGUUCCUGGAGCCCAACGGAGCUUCUGGGGAACUCCAGCGGCAGGCUACUCUGCCCCCUCAGAGAGGCCCGCAUCCUGAACGCCACAGCCUGUUGACGCCCACCCAGCCGUCCAGCCAGGCGCCCUUCACGACCCGGAUAGGAAGGGAGGGAAAACACCGCAGCUUCACGUUGCCACGAGACAGUGGCCUGCACGCCAUCCUGGCGGCCACGGAGGGCACACCUGACCACAGAGACGUCCAGCAACAUCAGCUGGGUCAGGUGUACAUCAGAGAAGCAGGUAUAGAGCGGGAACGCAGGCAGCAGGCUGAUUCUCUGUGUGAUCUGUACCGAGCUUUGGAGAGGGCCAGUCUGUCCCCUGUGAACGAGCACAUGCCCCCCACUCGUCUGGAGUACAAGCGCUCAUUCGUCCGACGUGGUAACGACCCCCUGCUUAAUGAGAAGCUGCACCGACUACGCAUACUUCAAAAUACGUUUAAGGACGUCCCACUUCAAGAGGCAGAGACCAAGAUCAUUCAUCGAGAUGUAUAGGAACGUCAUUCAGCAAUCAACAAAAGUAGCAAGAGACUAGCCUAUAUCACACAUCUGUCCUUAGAAAUAAAGACUACUGACGGUAAUGAAGAGAUACCUCUGCACAACCUCCUUUCUCUACUUCCUCUUUGAUGUUGACUCAUUUCUCUAUACCAGGAUUCUCCUUUCAUCUUUUACUUGCCAUAUCUCUGCACUAGGA